AUGGAUAAUAAAGAGGUUAAGAGUAGUCCUUCAGUUGAGGAUGUUAACUCAUCUACCAAGAAGAGUGCUGAUCUGUCGAAUGCAGAAGUGACCAGCUUUCAUGAGGCAAAGAGGAAAUCUGCCGGUGGUGGUGUUUUCGUUGCGAUGAACGAUGACAGUUCCAUUUCUAGUAUUGGUGAAGAUCCAGAAGGAAGGGAUCCGAAUAGUGUGCAAGAAGAAAAUAUAUUGGCUGAAUAUUCAGAAGAGCAGGUUAUGAACAUGGGACGUGCUUUUGCUAAGAAGUACGAGUUGCCAAAUGAUGAUGAUAUUUUCGCUCGUGGUGCUGCUUUGGCCAGAAAACCAAACGAAUACGACAGGUUAAAUGUUCUAAAGGAAGAUGAACGUAUUGCUUGUUACGAUGAAAUUCAUCAUCCUUGGAGAGUCCCUCCAAAGUUGAUUGCUAUUAUCGCUGCCAGUGCAAUGGGUGCUGCCGUGCAAGGUAUGGAUGAAACUGUUAUCAAUGGUGCUAACUUGUUCUACCCUAAAGAAUUGGGUUUAGGGUCAGGAUCCAAGAGGGACGAUUGGUUGGAAGGUCUUGUUAACGGUGCACCUUAUCUAUGUUGUGCUGGUGUCUCGUGUUGGGCUACCGAUUGGUUGAACAAUAUGUUUGGUCGUAAAAAGGUUAUUUUCAUCACUUGUGCUAUCUCUGCUAUCACCUGUUUCUUACAAGCUUUCGGUCCAGCUGGUACUCCAGGGUGGCACUAUUUGUUUGCCAUGAGAUUUUUGUUGGGUUUUGGUAUCGGUCCUAAGAGUGCUACGACUUCCGUUUACUUGGCUGAAUGUUCUACCAAAAAGUUACGUGGUAUCAUCUGUAUGAACUGGCAAACUUUCACUGCUUUCGGUAUCAUGUGGGGUUACGUUUUCUCUUUGAUCUUUUACAGAGUUGGAAGAGCUGGUAUUGCCGGUGGGUUGAAUUGGAGAUUAAUGUUAGCCAGUGCUAUGAUUCCUGCUAUUUUAGUUUUAGUGCAAAUCCCAUUCUGUCCUGAAUCUCCCCGUUGGUUAAUGGGUAAAGGUCGUUACAAGGAAGCUUAUGAAUCCACCCUCCAGAUUAGAAAUCACAAGAUCCUAGCUUGUCGUGAUCUUUUCUAUCAACACGUUUUGUUGAUGGAAGAAAACUCUUUGGAAAUGUCUUACUGGACUAGAUUAAGGGAAAUCUUCACUGUUAGAAGAAACAGAAACGCCUUGAUUUGUGCCUUCAUUUGUGCCUUCAUGCAGCAAUUCUGUGCAAUUAAUGUUAUUGCGUACUAUUCCUCUGCCAUUUUCUUGCAAUCAGGUUUCACUGAAAUUUCUUCAUUGUGUGCUUCCCUAGGCUUCGGUUUAAUUAACUUCUUCUUUGCUAUUCCUGCCUUCUUCAUGAUCGACAGAUUUGGAAGAAGAUUCCUUCUAUUAAACACGUUCCCAUGGUUGGCAGUAUUCCUUUUGAUUACAGGGUUUUCUUUCUGGAUCGAUGAUACAGAAAAAAGAAUCGGUGUUGUUUCGAUGGGUAUUUACGUAUUCUCUGCCAUUUACUCUUUCGGUUGUGGUGUGGUUCCAUUCGUUAUCGCUGGUGAAGUUUUCCCCUUGUACGUCCGUGCCAUUGGUGCAUCUCUUUUCACCAUUGUCUUGUGGGGUUUCAACUUCAUUCUAUCUUUAACUUGGCCAAGUAUGCUACGUGCCUUCGAGCCUCAAGGUGCCUUCGGUUUCUAUGCUGCUUGGAACGUCAUCGGUUGGUUCUUAGUCUACUUCUUCAUGCCUGAAACAAAGCAAUUGACUUUGGAAGAAUUGGAUGAAGUGUUUGAUGUACCAUUAAGGGUUAGAGCCAAGUAUCAACUAUUGGAAUUGUGGCCUAACAUUCAAGAAAACCUCCUAAGAAGAAAGAAUGUUAAGAGACAACCACCACUCGAUAAACACCACAGAAUGGCCAUCAAGGCUGCCGAAUGGAACGAAAAGGCUGAGGCUGAAGAAUUGGAAGUUACCGAGAUCUAA